AUGCAUAACAUAGGCCAAAUACCGAAGAACCGAAACGAAAUGGGUCAUCACAAGUCCUUGAUUCUAACAUUUUUCAUUAUAUUGUGGGGCUUUGCCAAGUUUUCGAUUCCGAUAUCCACACGAAACGAAAUGGCUUUGACAUUUGAAUUUGAAGAAGAGUUACCACUACAAUCGCAUAUCGGAGAUGUGCUAAAUCAAUUAAGGAAAUCCUACACUAAUCCUAAUUUAAAUUUUAAAUUUCAAAUCUUGCAAGAUUCCAAUCAUUCUUCGCUAUUUGCGAUCGAUAAUUCAAAAGGCGUCCUAAGAACAGUAGGAAGGAUCGAUCGAGAAACUAUUUGCCCAUCUUUUACCGACGAUACGUGCACAGUGAAUUUAAAAAUAAUCGUAUCCGGCUCGACUAACCCUUUCAUCGUAGAGGUAGAGCUCGUAAUUACCGACAUAAACGAUCACACACCAACCUUCAACUCGAAUGUCAUGGACAUAUCGGUAUUCGAGAACGCUCCUCUCGGCAGCAUGUUCCCCAUACCGAUCGCCAUCGACCACGACAGCAGGCAGAACUCGGUACGGUUUUACGAGUUGCUGAACGCUUCAUACGUACCAUUUUCAUUAGAGCAAGACGAACAUAAAUAUACCGGUCGGAUAAAUUCGAUUCAGGACAGUUCUCUCUCGUUGAAACUCGAGCAACUUUUAGAUAGAGAAUCUGUCGAAACUAUACAAUUAAUGAUAACGGCGGUAGAUGGAGGGAUGUCACCUAGAACCGGUACGUUGAUAAUUAACGUUAAUGUACAAGACAUCAACGAUAACAAACCGAUAUUCGAACGGUAUCAGUACAACAUCAGUUUAGAUGAAGAAACUUCUUAUAGAAAACCGGUUUUAAAAGUUCGUGCCACCGAUGGCGACGCUGGAGUGAAUGGAAAAGUGAUGUACGAAUUGUCGCGGCCAAGUCAAACAUUGUAUAGUUCACUUUUUAAAAUUAACGCAGAAUCUGGCGAGUUAACAGUAAAAAGUAAACUCGAUUUCGAAUCGAGACCCUCGUACACAAUUGAAGUAAUAGCGAGGGAUGGGGGUGUCAACCAGCUAACCGGUAUUACGCUAAUCCAGGUAACGGUCAUCGAUCUGAACGAUAAUUCUCCGACAAUUUCGCUAACUUCAAUCGACGGCAACCAAACGAAUCGAAUAAUCGUCGGCGAGAAUUUGGAACAUCCCUACACAUUUGCCUUUAUAAGCGUCAAAGAUUUAGAUGUUGGCCUGAACGGUGUAUGUCAAUGCAGGCUUGAAACGUUCUCCGAAACCUUCAACUUGGCCCAUCUCUACGAAACUAUCUAUUCUCUGGGAACAAAAACAAAACUGGAUCGAGAAAAUGUUGCGUCGUAUCACGUGAUUGUAACCUGCUGGGAUGCUGGUAGACCUUCACAAAACUCGUCCUUGCAAAUUUUAGUCGAGGUUUCCGAUGAAAACGACAACGCCCCCUACUUCGUCAAGCACUCAUUCCAGGCCCGAGUUGAUGAGAACAGCAAGGAAUCAACGGCAAUAACGCGAAUUUCAGCCUACGAUCUAGACGUUGGCGCCAACGCUGAAACUAGAUACAAGAUACAGAAUGAUACGGUAUCUAAUUUGAAUUACGUCAAACUUGAUGAGGUCACUGGAUGGUUAACAGCUGGCGCUCGGCAGUUUGAUCAUGAAGAUUUCAAAAAGUUUAAUUUUACAGUAGUGGCAUUUAACGUUCAAAAUCCUGCCUUAUACUCCCUUGCAGAUGUCAGCAUCGAGAUAAUAGAUUUAAAUGAUCAGCCUCCGAUUUUUGAAAGUGAUGUGAUAAAAUAUCGAAUUUUAGAGAACCAAACCGUCGGUAUUUCGAUAUCAACAAUCGAGACAAUUGAUUUAGACCAAGAUGAAAAAUUUCAACAGUCUAAAUACCGUUUGUCAUGCUGUGACGAUUACAACGAUUACGAGUCUUCCUGCUAUUUUGAAAAAUCGAUCGACAAAAAUACGGUGCUGUACAGUGCUAACAUUUUGAAAGAAUAUUUCGAAUCGAAUAUUUUAUCGGAUCUCGUAACUAUCGACGAAUUAACGGGAGAACUAAAAAGUAACGCGAUAUUUGAUAGAGAACGAGAUUCGACGAUUAAUUUUUGUAUCAUCGCAACUAAUCUAGCACAUCCUUACUUCAGCUCAACAGCUCAGGUUACUAUAGAGAUAGAUGACGUCAACGACAAUCCACCAAUCAUCGUCUUUCCUAAAUUUGAUUACAUCUUAGAGGUGUCUUCAUGGACAGAGGAAAAUGAAAUUCUCAUGAAAAUAUUCGCCGAAGAUCCGGAUAAAAACGAGACCAACUCUCUACUAUCGUAUCAUCCGAUUUUCAGUAUUGAAGAUAAAGAGAACAGGAAUGUAACAAUAGCUAACCACGAUGUUUUAAACAACAACGAAGACGACGAAUUAAAACCCACAAACCUAAACCUAAACGUUAACGAUCUAUUCGCUAUUAAUCGAUACACCGGAGAAAUACGGUUAACGCGGUUUUUAAGGGAUACCGACUUUUGGAACAACUGCACAUUCAUAUUCCGGUUUAGCGUCAACGAUUCCGGCAGUCCCAAUCAGAAGACGGAAGGAAGUUUCACGAUCCACAUUCACUCCGAUGAGGAUUUCAAAUUGAGAGAUUUUCGUCGGCAGAAUCAUUUUUCAAAAUUUGUAAAUAAUUACAAAAAUUUGUUCCUAUUAUUAGUUUUGUGUUCGUCUUCGUUUCUGCUAAUCGUCGUACUGACAAUUACGAUCUGCUACACAAAAUGGCGAAUGAGAAAAAGUCGUCGCCCAUUGAAAGAAUCGAAAAUCCCGCCAGCUGUUUACUUGGUAAACAUAGCGGAAAAGGAAAUCCAAGAAAAACAUCCGGUUAAGAAGAACAGUAACCACACCGGCUACCGACCGCACUACCGCCACCAACUUCAAAAUAGCCCAUCCUCAGAUAGCGGAAGAGGCCAGAGCGAAGUCGCCGCUGACGUCAUAAUGAUGAUGGCCGACAAAAAUUUAGUAAGUAAGACACACGCGCAGCCAUUAUUUCAGCAAACGUACGAGCCUAAAGCUAGCAAUUUACUGGAAAAUGGAAUAUUUUGCAAGCGAGGUUAUGAGUUCUUGGAGGCCCAUCAUAUAGCGCUUAACAAUAAUAGUAAUAACAGAAGUUGCAUCAGCAAUAGUAGCAGGUGUUUUGACGACGUCAAUCUUACGGAAACAUUCAUUUGA